CAAUAGUCAAAACCCUAACCCCCCCCCCCCCCCCCCCUUCGUUCAGGAAUUUGCGAAUCGGCUCUACUCUACACGCGAAUAUGGCCACUGUACCGGUUAACCCGAAACCGUUCUUGAACAACUUGACUGGAAAGCCUGUGAUUGUGAAGCUCAAGUGGGGUAUGGAGUACAAAGGUUUUCUUGUCUCUGUUGAUUCAUACAUGAACUUGCAGUUGGCAAACUCUGAAGAAUACAUUGAUGGGCAGUUGAGUGGAAACCUUGGAGAGAUUCUAAUCAGGUGUAAUAAUGUUCUCUAUCUGCGAGGUGUACCAGAGGAUGAAGAAAUAGAAGAGGCAGAUCGUGACUAGCUGGUGAACGCGCUCCCCAUUAGGUCUAUUGGCUUUAUUUUCAACAUCUUAAGUUUUUUGUAUGGAAAUAUCUGUAGAUGUUAUGAUUCAAGGCGUAAUGAAUUAAGUGACACUUGAUUUAGAAUUCUAGAACCUUUGGAUUGGCUAGAAUUCAAUUGGGUGGAUGUGAAUCCAUUCUAGAUUAUCAACAGUUUGUCAGACAAUGUUGUAUUGGAGUCCUUUCUUAUUUCUUUAUGCUAAAUGUUUGAAUUAUGCUUAA